AUGCUGGAAGAGGAGCUCAGCGACUCUGCCAACAAAGCUCAUCGCGACUCAUUGACUGAAGUCGCUGAACCAGAGUGCGGCUUGGCUACCAAGUCAGCUGAGGAGACUCUUGUUCAAAGACAAGAGUCCGUUCAGACCCCAUCGGGUUUGAAUAAUGCUGGCUUAAAGGAUCCAAAGCCAAAGUCUGGAACAGUGGAGGGUCUCCAUGAGGCCUUCGCUCUAUCGUCUUGGCAAUCAGCCAAUGGAUUUUUUGGUGAAUGUCUCUCCACAGGACUUCCCACACCGAUGGAGAUUGACGACGACCUGGCUUGGUGUGAAGUCGUGGAAGUUGAAGAUCCUAUGGAGAUUGACGAUGUUGUUGUUGUUGAGGUGAUGGUGCCUGAUGCCGAUUGUGGCGAAGAGCUCGUGGCCCACACCUGCAAUCCGGCGGUUGACGAUUUGCAGCACUUCUCCCAGUCUGUAAAGAAGGAUUGCGAUACGAACAAGAUUCCAGCCUGUGUCCCGCAGCAGGCUGCAGACGAUAAGAUGGAUGAAGACACAAAAAAGAUUGUGCUACCUGGAACAUCCUCUCAGAAGAAGUACAAUGUACCCAGCCCUAGACGCAAGGAAGGUGCCGACGAGGUCAAGGGUAACAGAGAGUAUCCAAUGGCGGUCUCCAGACCAAAAGAGGAGUACUCGAUGAUCCCUCGGCCUGCCAGUCAAAAGGCCAUUGAUGAACCAAAGGCCUCUAAUGAAGGAUCGAAAAUCAAGUUGGCUUCGGCCUCUUGUGAUCGUCCUUCACAGCUGCCUAAGCCACUCUCUGGCCUUCGCACCGAGAGGCCAAGGCUUUUGUCGAAUUUUAUCUGGGAGGCGUCUGGACCUUCUACAGCAGCCAGCUGUAACAAGGGAAAGGCUCCAAGCAAAGAAUUCAAGACACAAGGGCAAGCCAUUACUCCAGCUGCCAAUUAUUCUAUUCCUGUUGCUGCACCCAGCAGCAAGAAAGUGAAGACUUCUGGAAGUGGUGCAGCUAAAGCUGAGUUCAAGGCACCUUGGCAAAUAACUCCCCCGGCUGCCAAGCCUUCUACUCCUGUUGUUGCACCCAGCAGCAAAAAGGAGGAGAAUGUCAAGGCAGAAGAGUCAGAUCUUCCUGCUGCCCCCAGCAGCAAGAGAGUGAAGACUAUGGGCGCUUCCAAGGAGUCUGAUCCUAUUGCUGCAUCCAACAGCAAAGAGGAAAAGUGUUCUGAGGCAGUAGAGUCGGAUCUUUUUUCUGCACCCAGCAGCAAGAAAUCAUUCCCAACUCGCAAUCCUGCGUCAAAGCCGGCAAAGUCUUCGAGUAAUAGAGGAAAAGAGGAUCCAAAGAGCCUAUUGAAGUAUGUGCUCCGAUUCAAAGGCGAUCCAACUGUCAACAAGGAAGGUGUAGUGAAAGAAUCUGCGGAGCUGAUGAUUCCGAAAACUUGGACAAAUUUUUGUUGCCCUGUACGCUUCACCAAGCGGACAUCUUGUCGGUCGGUUGGCCCUGGAGCCAAGCCGAUGCGGUCGGAACCAAAGGUCGAUCCUGAAGCUUCUGGUAAGCUUUAUGGUGACACUGGAAUUCCGAGACCUUUCACAGUACUUUUCCUUGGGACUAUCUGCGUGGUGAUUCACGCUGGGUCUCUUGGUUAA